CGGACAGGUUUGUCUUGUUAAUGUCAUGUAACGACAGUACUCCGAAAGUAACUGGCGAUUUUUUACUAUUUUUGUGUUGCGCUUACGCGAAAAUUGUUUUCGGAUAUAAAGCGGAUUAGGAGAGCAAUCACUGGAAGAUGGACGACAGCGGAAAGGCGAAGAGAUUGCCCCAAUUUUUGGCCGCAGUGUUUAUUUGCAUCGGCGCUAUGGGCACGGGCACCGUCAUCGGCUGGACCGCGAAUAUAAACAAAGAACUGGAGGAAGGGGCUCUAAAUGAUAUAACAACAGCGAGCCUGAACUGGAUAGGAUCGAUUAUGCCCAUUGGUGCCGUAGUGGUAUGUAUCCCCAUUGGUAUAUUGGCCGACCUGAUCGGCAGGAAGUUCACGAUUCUUUUGACCACGAUACCGUUCGUCUUGGGCUGGGCGUUGAUAAUAUUUUCCGCGAGCGCUGAAAUGAUUUACGCUGGACGGUUCUUUACCGGUAUGGCGGGAGGAUCUUUCUGCAUCAUGGCGCCGUUAUACACCAGCGAAAUCGCAGAGACGGCGAUUCGAGGAACGUUAGGCACAUUCCUUCAGCUGUUUAUCACGAUAGGGAUUCUGUACGCUCAGGUAUUCGGCUACGCAGUCAGCGUGAAAGCCUUAUGCUACCUGUGCGGAAUCGUGCCGAUCAUAUUCGCCGUUCUCUACGCGACCCAGCCCGAAACGCCCGUCUACCUGAUGAAGAAAGGCAAACGAGAGAAGGCGAUGAAGGUGUUCGAAAAACUGCGCGGCAAACAAUACGACCCCAGCGCCGAAAUAAAUGAGAUCCAGGCGGAGAUUGACAAGCAGGAAGCGUUGAAGAGUGAAUUCUGGACGCAGCUUAAGACGAAACAGGGCAAAAGGGCGUCCCUCAUCUGCUUUAUGCUGAUGUUCUAUCAGCAGUUCAGCGGCAUCAACGCCGUCAUGUUUUAUUCGCAGAAAAUUUUCAUCGCCGCCAAGUCGACCAUCGAGCCGAAGAUUUGCACGAUCAUCAUCGGCGCAGUCCAAAUUUGUGCCACUCUAUUUUCCAGCUGGUCGAUCGAUAAAUUAGGAAGGAAAAUCCUGCUAAUGCUGUCCGACGGUCUAAUGGCUCUCGCGACGUUUCUGCUCGCCAUUUACUUCUUGGUGAGCGAGAGGGGACUCGCGUCGUCUGAGACGGUCACCAGUUUGGGUUGGUUGCCGUUAAUCUCGCUAAUCGUGUUCAUAAUCGCCUUCUCUAUCGGCAUGGGACCCAUACCAUGGCUCGCGUCUUCCGAAAUCUUCCCUCCCGCCAUUAAAGCGAAGAUGGGAGCUGCAGCCGGAACCUUCAAUUGGUUCCUGGCGUUUUUGGUGACGGUCGGUUAUGGCGGUGUCGCGGAGUCGGCCGGAGCCUACACCACCUUUUUCAUUUUCACUAUCGUGUCGGCGUCCGGUGUGUUCUUCAUUCUCUUCGUCAUGCCGGAAACGAAGAAUAAGUCGUUUGAGGAGAUCCAAGAGGAGCUCGGGAAAUGAAAGUUUUGAAUUUGACGGAUUGCAAUAAAAUUUUUCGUUGGGGAUGCGAGAUUUCUGUGAUUUUGUAUUUAUUUAUUUAUAUUGUUGUGUGUCAUUGUUUCUCGAUGUUUAAUUGUGUCAAGAACUUCAUCGGAAAGAUGAUUAUGCGCGGCGACUAAGAUGUAACAUAUGAAAAAAAAAAUUCCAUAAAGAUUCUAAACUUUCUAACUAAAAGUUGUAAUGAUAAUGGUAAUACCUAUGACCCGUUUUUUAGUGAUUGAUCGUACAAAAUGAAAAUUUCGUGAUAGUACUUACUUAUUUGUUUAUAGUUUUAACUUAUAAAUGAGUAUUAUUUGCGAUUUGAAUCGAUAUGAUGUCGGCCUUAAACGUUUCUACAGGAUUUUUGUAACUUUCAAAAUUGAUACUUCUGGAUCAUCCAGGAGAAUCUAUUGAGUACCGAUUGUUUUGAAACCCAUAUCCAUUUUUUUUUGUAUUAAUAAAGCAAAUACGUUCAAGAAAGACGUUUGAGGAAUAUCCCACAAGCCUACAGCCAAUUACAGCAACAAACAACUGCAAAAAUUUAUAGGUAUUGAGUCCAUCAGAAGUUUUCAUUAGAACAUCAAUGCUUUUCUAAAAAAGGAGUUUUUUUGGUAAGUUUGGUAUUUUCGAAUUAAAGCCAAACUAAGAUUUAAAUAUCGUAUUAAUAGUAUUAUUUAAUAACCAGAUAACAAUAUUAACGGGUUCUUUUACAUGAAAAUCAUGCAAAACGCUCGAAUAUAUUGGCUAACGAAAUUUUAAUACAUACUCAACGUAUAUUGUUUUUAAUUUCACAGCGCACAUUCUGUAAAUAAUUUGUUUAUCUUCCUAACCUACUUUUCCUGCUGAAAUUUGAAAAACUAACAUCAACACUAGGAAAACCAUCAAACUCUUCUCAACUACCAAACACUGUAAUAAAUGUAUCAUCGCAGCAACUUUCGGAAACUGAAAAAUUAAUUCUUUCAAAAGGUUUCAACUUCGUCCUUACCACACGUAUUAUCCCAAAAGAGGAAAUCAUUUCAAGCGUCGAGUCUUUCCUGAACAAACUGCCAUCUCCAACAUAUUCUCUAGCAAAAUAUCUAGCUUCCUUAUUAAAACCCUAUACAGCGAAAACUCAUACUUUCGUAAUUAAUUCCUAUCACUUCAUUGAACAAUUAAAAAGCAUUACAUUAGAUACACAAGAUAUUUUAGUUAGUUUAGACGUAGAAUCCCUCUUUACCAAAUUUCCUAUUCCUGUACCUCUCAACAUCAUUUUAGAUAUAUUAAAAUCCGAGAAUCUGGAACCAAACCUUCUCACCUCAAUCGAAAAAUACUUGUCUGGAACAUAUUUUUCUUAUAACAGUCAAACUUUUGAAUAAAUGUCGUGAACAGCUAUGAGUUCUCCACUAUCACCAAUCAUCGCGAAUAUAUUUAUGGAAGCCUUCGAGAGGAAAGCUCUCGACACCUUUCAUCUAAAAUCAAAAUUAUGGAAACGCUACGUCGAUGAUACUUUUGUUAUUUGGCCCCAUGGUCAAGAAACCCUAGUAGAUUUUCUUAGACAUUUAAACUCUAUACUCACUAAAAUACGUUGUACCAUUGAGUUGUAAACUAAUAAUAACCUUCCAUUAUUAUAUAUUCUUAUCAAUAGAAAUCAGACCUAACAUUGGGUCAUUGCGUUUACAGAAAACCUACGCACACAGGCCGAUACAUUAAUGCAUGGUCCCUUCACCAUCCGGCCCAAAAAUCAUCGGUUAUCAACCCUCUCGUUUACAGAGCCGUAAAACUAUCUCAGCCAGAGUCACUGAACCCAGAA